AAGUUAGGCGCCAGCUCUCAUAAAUUGCCUAAUUCCUAACUGAAUCACGUGAAUCCUGCACCAAAUCACUGUGAUUCCAUUCCCCAACCCUGCAGUUGCACAUAUUCACUUCCCCAUUUUUUACUAUCCCUCAAACCCCAUCCCAACCCUUCCUUUUUCCUUCCCCGUCUACCCUCCCCUGACCAAUAUUCCUAUCCCGUAACCCCAGCUGCGAUACCCCUCCCUUCCAACCCUCUUCCACCUUGACCGAAUCCCCUACCCAUUCCCUGAUCCCCUCCCUUUUUCCCUUUCCUAUCUAUUUCCAACCCUUCCUUUUUCCUUCCCCAGACCAACCCGUGAACCCUGCUCCUGCCUUGUUUCAUUCCUUCCCAACAAAGCCCCUCACCAACACCCAAACCCACCCAUGAUCAAGCCAUCCCCCCUCACCUAUAUAAAGACCCCCCUUCCAUUCCAUUAUCACACAACAAAUCCCUUCCCUUAACCCUCCACAAUUCCCCUUCUAACCACAACAACACAUUAGUCCUUCCCCAAGCUAACUACACCCAGCCACAUCAACCCCCUGCCUAUAUAAAUACGUCCCCUUUUCUAUACACAUAACCACCCCCCUUCUUUCAUUACCCCACCUCUGUGCGCCCCUUUCCCUUUUUUUAUUUUUUUAUUUAUUUAUUAGUUUAACUCAAAAGAAAAAAUUUAAUUUAAUUUUACUUCAUUAUUUUAGAUUUCUUCAUCUUUUCCUCUGUCUUACUCUUUGUAAUUCUCUAAUUUGUUCGAAGACGAGCAAAAAUUUUAAGUUUAGUGUUAUCGUUUUGCUUGUUAUUUUUCUGCCCAUUGUAAUGGCACCAAAAACUAUUAAGUCCUCAAGGAAGAGGAAAGGCAAAGAGCCAGCCACCAGUUCUUAUAAUGCACAGAGGUUCCGCUCCAAGCUCCAUGAAAAACACUUUUAUGAGAAUACUUACAAGAAAGCUGUAACUCCGGAAGUGAGAUUUGCGCUUCAACCGGAUGAAUAUCCGGAAAUUCAAUUUCAGAUUCAGAGGAGAGGAUGGCAAUUUAUGUGCAACCCGCACACUGAAGUUGGACAAUUAAUGGUCCAAGAAUUUUAUGGCAAUCUCUGGGUUGCUUACAAGGAUGUUGACGGGAUCAAUGAAAAGAACUACCAAAGCUAUGUGAGAGGAAAGGUCAUUGAUUUCAGUCCAAGAAGCAUCCGACAGGUCCUCCAUCUGCCACCUCCAGAUCAUAUAUCUGCUUGCUACAGUGAGAGGAUGCAUAGAAAUCAGCAACUGGAACAAGUACUUGAAGAAAUAUGCAUUCCGGGUUCUCAGUGGAGAACAGGUGCAGAGGGGAAGCCGAACCAACUAAAGAGCACUGAUCUUCUCCCUAUAGCUAGGGGAUGGUUAGACUUCAUCCGAAGGUCUAUCAUGCCAACUAGCAACCGGUCUGAAUGCACUGUGGACCGGGCUGUCAUGAUUCACUGUAUCAUGAAAGGAGAAGUAGUGGAGGUAGAGGACAUUAUUCCAGAACAGAUAUAUAACAUUGCCUCCAAUCCUCUAAAGAAGGCUAGGCUUGGUUUUCCACAUCUGAUUUAUCGUCUGUGUGAAGCAGCAAAGGUAAAGAUGGAUAAUGACUUCCCCAUUCCUGUUGAGAGGCCAAUUACUAAGAAGACCAUGGAGCAUCUUAGGGAACACCACAGGGUCCCCAGAAAAGAUCAAGCUGAGGAGGAAGCUCAACAGGAUCAACCUCCAUUACCUCAAGGGCAUUACUUCCCACCUCAGGAGUACUGGCAGCAGCUUAUUUCCUCUAUUGAACAGAUGAGAAUCACACAGGAUAACCGUUGGCAGCAGUUCAAUGCAUCCAUAGAGCAGAUAAGGGUGACACAAGACAACCGCUGGGAGUAUCUCACCUCCACCCUUGAUCAGAUGAGGGCUGUCCAGGACUCUCAGCGCCAGGAGAUUUUCCAGCUGAGACAGUACUUUGGCCAUCUGAAAGGACCAUAUGGACCACAGCCAGAGGAGAGAGAUCCCCACCAUGGAGACUGAGUGCAUAUUUGAAUUUGAAUCAAAGGAUGUUGAUGCAUGAGGAACAAGAAUUUAAAGAACUAUUAUGAAUUCUCUGAAGUAAACAAAAGCUUAAUCCUUGAAGCAAAAGAAAAUAAAGAAAAGCAAGGUUCAAGGCUCUGAGCAUCAAUAACUAGGGAGGUCAGACAUGAUUAAAAGUUCAAAGAGUUGUUUCCCUAGUCAUAUGUUUGUGGUGUAAAUAUGUCAAGUUAUCCUUGAGAGAAAGCACUAAGAGUCGAGAUCAAGUGCAUUUAAUAGAGUAUGCCAAAGGUUUUGAGCACCAUUGUCUAGGAGUAGCUGAAAGAAAAAUCAGAACCAAAAGAGAGUUUUCCAGUUAAGUGCUUAUGGUAUUUUUGUGUCAAGUAAAGUUUGAGACAAAGCAUUUAAAGUCACGGCUAAGUUCAAGGUGCAAAGAACCAAAGAAAAGAGAAUGAAAAAAUUUUACUGUGUUCAAGGAUUAAUCUAAGGUAAAAAGGCCAGAGAAUUCAUAAUAUUAUCCGGACUCUAAUUCCAAAUGACAAAAAGGACAGUGACAUUCCUCAGAUUCAAACGAUAGUGAGAUGCCGAACCUAUUCAAAAUUGCAGUAUAUAAACUCCACUUUAAGAAGAGACAGGAGCUUAAUCGAGUACUCACUUCUCGUGCAAAUUCACAUCCUAAAUCUACAUUAGUUUUGAUUGCUUGAGGACAAGCAACAGUUCAAGUUUGGUGUUGUGAUGCGUGAGCAUCUUUUCUAUCUUUUCCAAGUGAAUUUGUAUUCAAAUUGUUAAGUUUAAUUAAAAUUUAAAUGCCUUUUAGUCACUAUGAAUGCUACUUUGAGUUGUGUGCAAUUCUAUUUAUUUCAGGUAGCAUUCGGAUGGAUUUGACGGAAUUUUUAUAGAAGAGAAGAAAGUGAAUGAUGCUGUCAACCAUGACCUCCUAGCACUCCAACGGAAAUAACUUGAGUUACAGAGGUCCAAUUGAUGGGAUUCUAGUGACAUUAAAAAAACUAACUUUAAGAGCUUUCCAACGAUGUAUAAUAGUAUACACUUCUUCUCCAACAUAUUCGGCCAUACUAGCGCCUGACUUGGCAAUUCUCAAGUUAAGCACCAGAAGAAGAACAAAGCCUCACUUGCUUGCUGCCAGGGUGGCGCCUAACUUCAGAAUUCUGAAGUUAGGUGCCAAGACAAAAGAGACGCAUCUAAGCUUGCUGCCAUAGUGGCGCCUAAUUUGGGAUUUUUCAAGUUAGGCGCCAGCUCAAUGAUUCACAAUGGUCCCCACAUCUCAAUUGAAGCUGCACGAAGAAGUUUAUUUAAUUUUGAUUAAGACUUUAAUUUAUUUAUAAAUAGAAAAAGAUAUUAUUUAGUUUUAGAAAAUAUAUUUUAUAUUAAUUAGGAUUAGAUAUAAAAAGGGAAAAGAAUCACUUCUCUCUUCUCUUAUCUCAUUCCGCACUUUACAGUUUUUCAAAAUCCUUCUUUUCUCUCUGAACCAUGAGCAACUAAACAUCUACUGUUAAAGUUAGAAACUCUGUUUAUUCUAUGGAUUAAUAAUAUUACUUUUCUAUUUUAA